GACGUUGUAGCCAUCCGCUCCAUUUGCCCCGCUACUCAUCGACCAAUCUCGGUCGAGGCAUCGACAUCAUGCAAACGCUCAAGGAUCUCGAAGAUUGGAUCGAGACGUCGAUUCCGAGCAACCUCCGCGAUCUCCCCUCCAACAUCACGCAUACCGUCUAUUCCUACUCAGAAGCAGUCUACACUCAGCUCACAAAGUAUGGAAAUCCACUACCAUCACUACAAGACAUAGAGGACCACUUACCUGGAGCCCUCACCUCGCCCUGCAAAGCCAUCCACAACGCCGUCUCUCCCUCACCUCCUCCGCCGCCGCCUCCAAGUGGCGUGUGGGAGCAAUCGACUGCUUGGAUCAGUGUCAAUCGUCGAGGUGUACAGGCGGCCGGAGGUGUCGCAGUCAUCGGUAUUGGUACCGCCUGGGCUUAUCGAAGCGGACGCAUCUGGCUACCGCUGCUUGGCAGGAGGAGUCGGAAGCCGGCCAAGGCGCUGCGUACGCCUCUGAUCAAGAAUGGAGCUCGCAAGGAGGCAAUCGUCGUCUUGGGCGGAGACAAUCCCCUGGGUCGUGCCCUUGCCCUUCACAUGUCCUCGCUAGGCUUCGUCGUGAUCGCGUCCGUCGGCUCCCACUCAGCUGUAGCCGCUUUCAACUCAAUUGUACCACCCUCCUCUCGCGGCUACAUCAAGGCCCUACAAUUCGAGACGUCCGACGUCGCCGGUUCACUGCCCAAAUUCGUCCGAGCAGUCGACGAGGUCCUCAGGCUGCGGUUCCCUCUGCUGUCGGCGGGCGACCCCUACGCCGCGCCAGGAGACGAGGUCAAUCUCGUCGGCAUUCUCAACGCCAUCAGCUAUACGCCUCCAGCACUUGACGCACCCACUCUCGCAGGCAGCUCAUCGCAACCCUCGUUCCAGACGAAUCACGCAGAACUCGCAGACUCUCUCGAGAAGCUCGUCGCUUCACCCCUGUGCGCCAUCUCCUCGCUUCUACCCCUACUCAAGAGCCCCACAGAGAGGAACAGCAGCAAGAGCAGCAGGGAAGCAGCCGCCACGCAUCCCUCCACAACAAUCCUCUCCUUCCUCAGCUCACCGGUCGCCCACACCUCCCUCCCUGGCGCAGGUGUCGAAAGCGUCGUCUCGCAAGCGGUCGUAGCAGGUAUGGAAGUCAUCCGGCGCGAAGCAGAUGAGAAAGCGCUCAGACUUUCUACGCCGUCGGUCCCCUUCAUCAUCCGACGCUCGGUACGCAUCUCGACGGUGGAGAUCGACGAGGGCAGGCCAUGGGGCUCGGCCGCCUUGCCCGAGAGUGAAUCGACCACUUCUUCUGCUGCUGGCCGGCCAGGCAUGCCUCGCAAGCUCUCCAACGCGAGUAGCUGGCAGGCUCGCGAUGCGGCUACACAAAUGGUCCUGGCCAAGGUGUCCUCCCUUCUUCUGACGACCGACGCGUCUGCCCGGUUGCGUUCAAGCUACCGCAUCUACUUGCCCAACGCUGAACGUCACUACGCUGGGCAGAUCUUCCUCUGGCUCAACAGGGCGACGCAGAGAUUGAUGAGCGUCUUGCCCACGGGCUGCAUUGAUGUGCUGUUGGCAAUGAGGAGGCAUGUCUCGUUAAGGAGGGCGGGGUUGAUCAGUCAGGGGCCGCGAAAUGCGAAUGACAACACGACGGAUACCGCGCAGCAAAAGGUCAAACAAUCACAAUUGAGCCAGCCCUCUUCCCGCAGCCACCUCUCCUCCCAAUCACCAGGAGCGGCCUCUCCCUCGCAUUCGCGCUCCUCCAUCCGCUCCUCAAGCGCAACCCUUUCUGCCUCUCAACAGCGCUCUGGUCAAGGGGCCUCGCAUCUGCGUCAUCCGACAUCUUUGAGCUCGGAGGGCGAGGAGGAAGGGACCACCUCCGGCCCUCCCUCACUGCCGGACUCCAACUCAGGAGAGUCGGGAUCGUACCACGUAGAUGACGACGGGAUGGUCUCCUCUGGGGUGUUGAGCAGCCGGUCGAGCCAGUACGAGGGCCAGCACGGGCACACCCAGAGAGGCGCGCAAGCCGCCGGGUCGGAGCAGAAUUCCUUCUCUUCCUCAGCGACUGCCACCGGACCCUGGAUGGGCCCGGCAUCGAGUCGCAACUCUCCCGCUGUGCCAUCCUCCCAGAGCCCGGUGCUCGAGGCGUCGGCAGGAGGGGCGCAAGCAGGGGUCGAGACGAUGCCCAACGAUCGCACGGCUCAACUGGGCGAGAGCUGGGUGCGAUUGGGCGACAGUGCUGUACAGGAGGAGCAGCGCCCGAAUCAGGAGCGCAAAGAGUAGGUAGGCGACCCCUACACUGCUUCUCUCUCCGAUUCGUCAGCGUCGCGCAGUGGUCGACUCUUGGCUCCUCAUACCUCACCCCAGCUUGAUCGCGCGACCUUGCCUCCCUUCUGUUGUCAUUACCACAUGUCCUUGCCCCCUGCGCUUCAAUCUGAUGUAUCCUUCUAUCGUCCUCCAGCGAUCGUGCAAGCUUGUCUCUGACGUCAAGAGAUUGAAUGACUGGCAUUGCUCCACACUGAACC